CGAGAGCCUAGCAUCCACCGAUAUCCACCCCUUGUCGACGACUCCCCCUCUGGUUUCUGGUUUAUCGGAUAGUCGGUCGUGCUGCCUACGAUGCGCUUCCACAGUCUCUUCGGCCUUGGUGCAUUCGCUGCGCUCUGCCAGUUUGUCGCUGCGUCUCCACUUGCGAAUCCCGGUGAACCAGAGAUCGUAGUGACUGCAGCAUUCCCGGAGGAUAAUGCUUUUUCUCACGUUGUCAACGGCCAACGGAACGAGAUCCUCGUCACCGUUGAGAACAAGUCGGAACGCAAUGUGACACUUCAGAACAUUGCGGGCUCAUUCCACCACCCUGAGACGAACAAGCUAAUCAAGAAUACCACUGCGCUCCACUACAAAAUUCCUCUGUUGCAAGGUGCGCAGAUGAAGUUACCGUAUUCAUUCUAUAGCGAAUUCAAGACCGGAGACCUGAGACUCAAUAUUUGGGUUGAGCACGAGACCGAUGGCGAAAAAUACCGCGUCCACGGGUACGACUCCGUUGUCAGAAUUGUCGAGCCGGAGGGCUCCUUCUUCGACAUCCAGAUGUGGAUAACCUACCUCAUCGUUCUCGGUUCCCUCGGCGGUGUUGGCUACUACGCGUACCUUACCUUCGUGCCCCAGCCAAAGAAGCGCAAGGUCCCAACUCCUAGUGCACCGGUGGGCACUGUCACUGCUACCGGGGCGGGUGGCUACCAGGAGGAGUGGAUUCCUGAGCACCAUCUUAAGAAGCCCAAAGUUCGCAGGACCAAGUCCGGUGCUGCCACAAGCGGCGAUGAGACUAGUGGUGUCGAAGUCAGCGGCACAGAAGGCCGCAAGCGUAAGGGUAAGAAGUAAUGGAAGUGGCAGUCUAAAAUGCGCCUCAUUGUGGCUCCUCGUGUGUGCUGGUAUCUAUCGCUCGCAUUAUCUGUUUUUAGCAUACUUCUUCAGCCUUUGUAGCUUGCUCUCGGGAAUGGUAUUCUGCGACGCCUAUAAUGUUGCUUUGCAGUUAAUGUGCAGCGGACUGAACGCUUCGUCCAGCUGAAGCGUCGCGUGUAAGGACUUAGAGCACUAGACGGGGCAACGGUAGCGCGCGAAUGUGCAGGCGGACUAUGCCGGAACAACACACGAAGAGCAUGAUACAACCAACAGUACGUCGUGUUGAGCAAGGAUUCAGAGGCGGAAUGAUAGUGCGAUUGGUGUUCUCUAGACAUCAAUGUGCUUGUAUCCUAGCACCUGCCAGAGCUUGAGCGUUCGUCC